UCGCAACUGCAGUCCCUUGUCGUCUCCUGGUUUCACGCUGACACCAUGGAGGCAUUGAUCGCUGGCUUGUCGUCAGUCCCGGCGCUGACAUCUCUUGCUCUUCGCCAUUGCAACCUCUCUUUGUCCAUGGAGCUGCUCCUGGAGAUGCUCGCGACGACGAGCAUGCAUCUCGAGACACUGUCUGUCAUCGAUCAGGAUUUGACGCGCAAUGGGUCUGCGGCUGUGCCGUCGGCGUACUGCGAUUGCCACACUGGAAUAUUUCGAUGCGUCUGCUGGAUGUGCUGCACGUGCUUCCAGAGCUUGUUGCUGCGGGCCGCCACCUCUACCACUUCUGCUUCAUGA